AUGAGUGAUUGGCGUAAAGCAGUUCGCACUCCCAUCUCAUACUCUGUCACUAAUAAUACGCUAAGACUUCAGACACAGUUCGUGACCGUAGUCUCCAUCGCCGGUAUUGUGGUCCUCUUUGUCUUGUAUUCAUUGGUGCCUAAGAGUCGGGUCACUCUGAACGACUCGACACAACACCAACACUUAGACGAUGAUCACCAGCACAUCCAUCACCACAAGGACUGCAACACACGGUCCGCAUAUAACGCCACUUAUCCGCUCUCAAGACCCGAAUACGUGUCCGACGAGAGGAUUAAGUUCAGAAUCGCUGUCAUCACAGACUUGGACACCGACUCCCGCACCGACACUCAGCGCAACGCAUGGAUUAGUUAUUUAUUAAAAGGUUAUCUCAUUUACUAUCCCAACGAAGACUACGUUCAGGUCAAGUGGGAUAAGCGGUCCAUUAGUUUGCAAUCGAGUCUCUCAUCGGAGGGACGAGCCAUGGAGUUGUCGGAACUCAUUGUCUUCAACGGCAAACUCUAUUCAUGUGAUGAUAGGACAGGCGUGUUGUAUGAGAUCCGCGACGAGUCGGCCAUUCCGUGGGUUAUACUUACGGACGGCGACGGAAAUACUCCCAAAGGAUUCAAAUGCGAGUGGCUUUCAGUCAAAGAUCAAACCCUUUAUGUCGGAGGACUGGGGAAGGAGUGGACCUCCACU